AUGGCUGACAACCAGCGAAUCAAUCAGCUGACUGCAAGGAGAGCUACGAUGAUUGGCGCUCUGGGUCGGGCUGGGGCAUUUCUGGUGGACUACAACGCUCAGCGGGACGAACCUCAGGUACUAUUGAGGCUUGAGCAUUUAAACAGCAUUUGGGCUGCUCUGGAGGAAAUUCAAACCGAGCUGGAAACUGAAGCGACAGAUCAAGAAGGUAGGGCACAACAUGAUGCAGUCCGUGCUGAUUUCGAACCCCGGCUUUUUACAAUAAAGGCUUCAUUAAUUACUAAACUGCCUGCACUUCCUGGUAACGCUAGUAACCCCCGACCCCCGCAUGCUACUUCCGCUCUCUCUGGCAUUAAACUGCCUACUAUUUCGCUUCCUGAGUUCGAUGGCGACUAUAUGCAAUGGCUGACCUUUCAUGAUACGUUCUUGGCUUUAAUCCACAACAACGCUGAUGUUCCACCUAUUCAGAAGUUCCAUUACUUGAGAGCAGCCGUCAAGGGGGAGGCUGCUCAAUUGAUCGAAUCCAUCGCAAUUUGCUCCGCUAAUUAUAUUCUUGCUUGGGAAGCUCUCGUGGGACGGUAUUCCAACGAAUAUCUACUGAAGAAGCGACACCUUCAGGCACUCUUCGACAUUCCACGCAUGAAGAAGGAGACUGCAGCAACGCUUCACGGAUUGGUAGAUGAGUUCGAGAGACACACGAAGAUUCUUCACCAGUUGGGAGAACCGACGGAUGCCUGGAGCACCAUCCUUGAGCAUUUAUUGUGCACGCGACUACACGAUGACUCUCUGAAGGCCUGGGAGGACCACGCAUCCACAACGCAGCACCCGAAUUUUGCUUGCUUGAUCGAUUUUCUCCAGCGUAGAACCCGCGUGUUGGAAUCGAUCUCCGUUAAUCACCAUCAAUCUACAAGUGCGACUAAUGACGGUGCGUCCACCAGUCAGUUCCGGAGGCAUUCCCAGUUUCGUUUGUCGUCCUGCGCAUCCACCGCUAGCCCGUCGUUCAAGUGCCCCACGUGCAGCCAAUCGCAUUCUCUGGCAAGGUGUGGCAAGUUUAAUAGUAUGUCUGUGAAUGAUCGGCAGCAAUUUGUAAAUCUGAAGCGAUUGUGCCACAAUUGCCUGAGAGGAGAUCACAUGGUACGUCAAUGCCCCUGUGAUAUGAAUUGCAGAAAAUGUAACCAGCGCCACCAUACUCUUCUGCAUACGGGCCAAACCGCCGGCCCAAAGAAGUUCAGCAACGACGCGACUUCUCGUUCAAUUAAUUCCAUCGAGCCUGCUGUCAAGGCUACUUCGUCGUCUACUAACGUAAUCUCCGAGCAAACCAUUGUUGCUGCUGCUGAAGAUGUUUCGAUUGUUAGUGCUUCCCUUCAGCAACCUCGUGAAAACGUUUUCUUAUUGACCGUCAUCGUCAACGUCGUCGAUGCUUAUGGGCAGCAUCACCCUGCACGCGCUUUACUGGACAGCGCAUCGCAGCCAAAUCUGAUCACCAACCGCAUGGCUCGUAUUCUCCGCUUAAAGAAGCAUCCCGUCAACGUUACUGUCCAAGGGGCCGGACAAGUAUCGAAAGUCAUUAGCGAAUCUGUCUACGCCCAAGUCAGCUCAAGGAAGGAACCUUUCUCUUGUGGUGUUAGCUUCCUCGUAAUGGAUAAAGUGACGGCCAAUCUUCCAUCGCAUAAUGUCUCCAUAGCCGAAUGGAGAAUCCCAAAGGAUCUCUUUCUCGCGGAUCCAACAUUCCACAAGAGCCAGCCGAUCGAUAUGGUGCUCGGAGCUAAGCAUUUUUACUCCUUCUUCCCGAAUGCCGCACGCAUACAAUUGCAUGGCAAUCUCCCACUCCUAGUUGACAGCGUUUUUGGGUGGAUCGUUGCGGGUUCGGCUGAUUCAAUUCUUCCAACACAGAGAGUAUCUUCCAGUCCCAGCAGUAUCGUAACUGUAUCGAUGGUUUCCUUGGAAGAAAGUCUGGAGCGUUUUUGGAAAAUGGAAGAACUGACAACCAAGGACAACUACUCCAUCGAAGAGAGGCGUUGUGAAACCCUCUACCAAGCGACGGUCGCCAGAAACCCCGAUGGACGAUACAUGGUUCGCCUUCCUCGAAAACCUGACUUUGACGAUAUGCUGGGCGAGUCUAAGGCAAGCGCAUUGCGACGAUUCGAAUAUUUGGAGCGACGCUUGGAACGAAACUCCGACCUAAAACUAGAGUACCACCGUUUCAUGCAAGAAUACCUCGACCUUGGCCAUAUGCAGCUGACCAAAACAACUGGCGCCGAAAGCUCCAAAUCUUUUUACUUACCGCACCAUCCUGUCAUCAAAGAAGCGAGUUCCACGACGAAAGUUCGUGUUGUGUUCGAUGGUUCGGCAAAAACAUCUACCGGUUUCUCCCUCAACGAUGCCCUCUGUGUUGGUCCAGUAGUUCAAGACGAGCUACUUACCACAAUGCUACGGUUUCGCACGUACCCAAUUGCUUUAGUCGGUGACAUAGCGAAAAUGUAUCGACAAGUCCUCAUGCACCCAGAUGAUGUUCCACUGCAGCGAAUUUUCUGGCGAUUUUCCCCCGACCAACCAGUGCAAGCCUUCGACUUACUUACCGUUACUUACGGGUUAGCUCCGUCAUCAUUUUUGGCAACUCGUACACUGCUACAGCUAGCUGACGAUGAAGGUCAGUCCUAUCCCCUCGGCAGCAGGGCUCUCCGGAAAGGCUUUUACGUCGACGAUUUCAUCAGUGGGGAGCAAUCGAUCGAAAAAGCCAUCCGCCUACGCAAAGAAAUCAGCGAAUUACUUGAGAAGGGAGGAUUUGUUCUUCGCAAGUGGACUUCCAAUCGACUCGAAGUCCUACACGGAUUAAACGCCGACCAAAUCGGCACUCAAUCCCCUCUGGAGUUCACCCCCCACGAAACGGUGAAAGCUCUGGGAAUAAUUUGGGAACCAGAAGGAGAUUUUCUUCGAUUCGAUUCGCAAGUGCAACAUGACGGCAAACCGCCCACCAAACGAUCAAUUUUAUCGUCUAUUGCCAAGCUAUUUGACCCCAUCGGCCUGAUUGCGCCCGUUGUUGUGCGGGCCAAAAUCAUUAUGCAGCAGUUGUGGCUACUACCAAUUGAGUGGGAUGAUCCAGUUCCCAAAAAUAUUCGUGUCAACUGGGAAAAGUAUCACAACGAAUUGCCGAAAAUUACCGCGCACAGAGUAAGUCGCUACGCAUUUCUACCCUGUUCCACCAUGCAAUUGCAUACCUUCGCCGACGCGUCCGAACUAGCCUACGGCGCGUGCACCUACGCCCGUUGCCAAGACGAACAAGGAAACAUAAAAAUCGAACUUCUUGCCGCCAAGUCCCGUGUUGCUCCGCUAAAACGACUGACUAUCGCACGUCUGGAACUCUGCGCUGCAGUUUUGGCCGCUCAUCUCCACGAUCGAGUCAAACGAGCUCUCGAUAUUGACGUUUCUGCUUCCAUUUUCUGGUCGGAUUCUGCUAUCGUUCUCCAAUGGCUCCAAUCAUCUCCAAUCACAUGGCAAACCUUUGUGGGAAAUAGAGUUUCGGAAGUGCAGCACUUCACUCGUGGCUGUCAGUGGAAGCACGUUGCUGGUAUCGAGAAUCCCGCCGAUUUGGUGUCCCGGGGUAUGUCGGUCGACGAGUUCCUGGCUAGCACGUUAUGGAAGGAAGGACCGCAUUGGCUUCUUCUGCCGGAUCGAGAAUGGACCAGCUCUAACCCGCCAAGUGUGGCCGAGGAAAUGCUAGAAGUUCGACACAUCGUAGCUACCGUACAGUCAGUUCCAUCAGUCAAUGCAUUGUUUCUCCGUUGGUCGUCAUACACCCGCCUACUACACGUUACAGGCUACUGCCUUCGCUUUCUGUUGAACGCCCACGCCAAGGCCAGAACUCAGCCUCCCCCCAACGCAGAACCUGUUGCGAAAUCACUGUCUGUGGAAAUACUUACCAAAGCCAAACUUACCCUGAUUCGCCUUGCUCAACAAGAUGCAUUUAGUCCUGAAAUAAAAGAGUUGGAAAGGGGGAAACCUAUAUCAAAACGCUCACAUGUACGCCAAAUGAGUCCGUUUCUAGACCAGGAGAAAGUGAUGAGGGUCGGAGGCCGUCUUAAACUAGCACAGUUACCCUACCAAAUGAAACAUCCCGCCCUACUACCCAGCUUUCAUCCCCUAUCACGUUUAAUUGCCAUGAACUAUCAUGAAAAAAUGCUUCACGCCGGUGGGCGACUGCUAUUAUCAGCCAUGCGCGAAGAGUUUUGGCCACUGCACGGUCGUCGCCUAGCACGUAGCACUGUGCGUAAAUGUUUCCGCUGCGCUCGCCUUAAUCCAGUGCCUGCUCAUCAACACAUCGGGCAGCUACCCGUUCACCGAAUUAUUCCCAGCCGUCCAUUCAGUAUCGUUGGAGUCGAUUACGCUGGCCCGCUGUACCUUAAGCCGAUCCACAAACGCGCAGCAUCUGCAAAGGCGUACAUCUGUUUGUUCGUCUGUUUCGCCACCAAAGCGGUCCACAUUGAGCUCGUCAGCGAUCUGUCCACUCAGGCUUUCCUAUGUGCGCUUCGUCGUUUUAUCGCCAGACGUGGUCGCCCAGCACACAUCCACUCAGACAAUGGCAAAAACUUUGAAGGAGCUAAAAAUGAAUUACCGGAAUUAUUUGCCAUGCUUCAAAACUCGGAAGUAAACGAACAGAUCGCAUCUACCUGUGCUGACGAAGGAAUCACUUGGCACUUAGUUCCGCCAAAAGCGCCCCAUUUCGGCGGGCUAUGGGAAGCUGCCGUUAAAGUAGCUAAAAAGCAUCUCCACCGCCAGCUCGGUCCGUCUCGACUGUCAUUUGAGGAUGUCAGCACUGUGCUCACUCAGAUCGAAGCACUGAUGAACUCCCGGCCGCUGCUUCCUAUGUCGGACGAUCCCGAUGAAUUAGCUGCACUAACACCUGCGCAUUUUCUGAUCGGAACCAGUAUGCUAGCCUUGCCCGACCCAGACCAUCGGAACAUCCCUGUCAACCGACUGGAUCACUACCAGAAGCUGCAACUGCACGUCCAAAAAUUUUGGUGUCAUUGGCGCACCGAAUACCUCCAGGAGCUUCAGAAAGACACCGUGAUGUACCAACGAAACGAUAGUUUGCUUCCCGGUCGAAUGGUUAUUGUCGUCGAUGAAAUGCAGCAGCCAAUACGUUGGCCGCUCGCCCGAAUCCUGACCACUUCACCCGGCCCGGAUGGAAUGACACGUGUUGUAACGCUGCGUACUGCUCGGGGAAUUAUCACCCGCCCAAUCACCAAAAUUUGCCUGCUGUCUGAUCCUGCUACUACUGCCAACGACGAAGAAGAUGAUCCGCUGGCCACCAACCAACAUCCGGCCCAACGAUCCGAGGUUCCUGAAAAUGAAAAUUGAAAAAAAAGAAAUUGAAUUUUGUAUACUCACCUAGUUGAUAAGUUGAAAUUUUUUCUUGUGAAUUUUGUUUAUUUUGAAAUGACAUUUCAAGGGGGUGGCAAUGUUUAGAUUAACCGUACAAAUUUAGCGAUGUUACUAAAGGGAGCUGAUAACGGUGUAGGUUUUACUUUGUAACCCCACUCGUAUACGUUAGCCGUGUAGCAUUGGCAUUUUGCUUCCUAUGCAUUUCGUCACCUAUACAUAGAUAGUAACAGCUGUAAUAGGGAAAAAUAAAUUCAGUUGAUUCCGACCGUCGAACUGUGAACACUACCUGCAAAAUAAAAGAAAAGUGGUUAAUAAAAUUAGUACUUACCGUGUAGUUUUUCGUGGUUCCUGCCCUUCUUCAAAGUGCUGCUUGCUGUUCCAUCUGCUGCGGUGUUCAGCUGCUGCUUGCUGCGUUGCUGUCCAAAUCGGAAUUUACCACACUACUGCUGAACAAAAUUGGGUUUGGAUGUUGUUUUCUGCUACAGGACCAUGUAGCAGCUACCUUUGGUGCCGGA